GCUCCUAGCUCCAGUGGUCAAUUCAUGGUGUCCCGAGAAGCUGGAAAAUAUCUCCAGUGGUAUAGUUAGCCGGCAUUGAGUACAUACCAGACACUUGAAGGAAAGAACAUCUCAUCGCAAAGAUCUCCGUCGUCCAUUGAGCUCUCCCCAAAGAUGGCAGAACAAACCCAUUUCUCCCCGUCCGGCACAGCGCUACAGCGUCUCCAGCAAACACUCGCCCACCUCCGCCACUCCCAUGAGCUACCACGACUCUCCGUCCUCCACGGCCCAACGUCGACACCGCUGCUGACGCUGACGCUCGGUUCCCUCCUCCGCACACAAGCUACCCGUUUCGCCGAGCGCCCAGCAGUCACGGUUCCAUGGACGUCCACAGCAUGGACCUACGCCGACCUCGAUGGGGAGGCCGACCGGCUGGCGCGGGGGCUCCUGGCGCUGGGAGUCGGGCACGGCGACCGCAUCGGCAUCAUGGCAGGCAACAGCGCCGAGUACGUAGCGGUGUUCUUUGCCGUGGCGCGAGUCGGCGCAGUCCUGGUAGUGCUGAACAACACAUAUACCACUACGGAGCUUGACUUUGCCGUGGCACACACGGGGUGCAAGGUGCUCUUCAUCACGCCGACGAUUGGGAGACACGAUAAUGCGGCGUCUCUGAGCACACAGACGACACCGCAGGGGACGCUGGAGCUCGUCGUGAUCCUGCGCGGGACUUAUACCGAUUUCCCGACGUACGCGGAUGUGAUCACGGCGGGACAGGCGGUCGAGUCGGCGGAUCUGAAGGCCGCAGAAGCAAAGACUUCGAUGCAUGAUCUGGUGAACCUCCAAUUCACCUCCGGCAGUACGGGAAACCCCAAGGCAGCAAUGCUCUCCCACCACAAUCUGGUCAACAACUCCCUCUUCAUCGGCCAGCGCAUGGACUUCACCCCGGCCGACAUCCUCUGCUGUCCACCACCACUAUUCCACUGCUUCGGCCUAGUCCUGGGCCUUCUCGCAUGCAUCAACCACGGCGCCUCGAUCGUGCUCCCCUCGGAGACAUUCGACCCGUCCGCGGUGCUCACCGCGAUAAACUCCCACUCCUGCACAGCCCUUCACGGCGUACCAACGAUGUUCUCGGCGCUGCUCUCCCUGCCUCGGCCAGCAGGCUGGCGCUCCUCGCUGCGCACAGGGAUAAUCGCGGGCUCGCCGGUCCCCGCGCCAUUGAUGAAGCGACUAUUCUCGGAGCUGGGCAUGCGUGAGUACACAUCGUCGUACGGGCUGACGGAGGCGUCGCCGACGUGCUUCAACGCGCACACGGACACGCGGCUGGACCUGCGGCUGCGCACAGUCGGCAAGAUCAUGCCGCACAUAUCAGCGAAGGUCGUGGUGUCCGGCACCACUGCGCCCGUGCCCGUCGGAGUGCGUGGAGAGCUGUGUAUAGCUGGUUACGCGCUGAGUGGCGGGUACUUUCGCGCACCGGAUAAGACUAGGGAGACGUUUAGGGUGCAUGAGGACGGUAGGAGGUGGCUACAUACGGGUGAUGAGGCGUAUUUCGAUGAUGAGGGGCACUGCGUCAUCACCGGUAGGUUUAAGGAUAUCGUCAUUCGCGGCGGAGAGAAUAUAUACCCCGCUGAGAUCGAGGAGCGUCUCGUCGAGCACCCCCGUAUUGAGGCCGCCGCUGUCGUCGGCGUCAAGGAUGAGAAGUACGGUGAGGCUGUGGGGUGCUUCUUGCAGGGCGAGAGGACGUCGGACGAGGAGGUUCGAGAUUGGUGUAGGCAGAGGCUUGCAAGGUUCAAGGCGCCGCAGUACGUCUUCUGGGUGGGCCGGGGCGAGGCGGUCGAGGAUUGGCCCAAGACAGGCAGUGGGAAGAUACUGAAGCCGGGGCUGAGAACGGCGGCGGAGGAGAUCGUCAACGGGGUCAGGACGCCAGUGGUGAAGGAUGUCAGGCCGACGAGAAGGCCGAGGGACAAGGGCGGUAUGAUGGCGUAGCUUUUGUGUACUGGUGUUGUGUUAUCACGUCUUGGGUUUAUCGUUUUGGGAAAAAAGCAC